UGAAGGACGCUGGUUUAGAGCCGCGCUCUGAUUGGCCCGCUGUGAUUAGAGGCGGGAACUCUCCGCUGAGCCGAGCGGAUGAUUAGGCAAUACACCUGGCUGUCAAGAUAAGUGCGCCUACCUGUCACUUCCUGCUGUCGGUAUUUAUUCAUUUUCACUUCUUUUUUUCCGACUACGGCAGAUUUGGCACGUCACUGCCAUGUUUGUAUGAUUUCGUCUAAUGUAUCCCGCACGGUUUGUGGACCCUGCGGACCAAACGUUACGACCUUGGCUUCAUGUAAGGCUCAAAGGAGGAACCCCCCCGGACGCUGCUGGGAAAACACCGCUCGGGUUUAAUUAACCACCGCGGCUGAUUUUAAUGUGAACUCUUAUUGUCGUCUUUAUUAACACAGAAACCGCGAACAACAGCAGCAGCAGCAGCAGCGGCGGCGGCAGCGAGGGACUCUGCCCGGUGGAAAGGCAUGGAUGAGAGGUUAUGUGUGCCCCCCAGCUGAAGGCCUCUGUUGCCCUGACAUCCCACCAGUCCCUCUGUGAGCAUGUAUCGCAGGAACGGACUCUCGGAUGGCACCAGCAUCAAUUCUGUCACUUCAGAGGCCAGCAGCAGCUCUGAUUCUCUGGAUGGACCUUGCGUGGACUACGCCAAGAGCUAUGAUGCAGUCAUCUUUGAUGUGCUGAAGGUGACGCCUGAGGAGUUCGCUAGCCAAAUCACUUUGAUGGAUGCACCAGUCUUCAAAGCGAUACAGCCAGAGGAGCUGGCCAGCUGUGGAUGGAAUGGGAAAGAGAAACACAGUUUGGCCCCCAAUGUGGUCGCAUUCACACGCAGGUUCAACCAGGUGAGCUUUUGGCUGGUGAGAGAAAUCUUAACCGCCCACACGCUGAAAAUCCGAGCAGAAAUACUAAGCCAUUUUGUCAAAAUAGCAAAGAAACUGUUGGAGUUGAACAACCUUCAUUCUCUGGUGUCAGUGGUGUCCGCUCUGCAGAGCGCUCCCAUCUUCAGACUCAGCAAAACCUGGGCGUUGAUCAGUCGGAAAGACAAGGCCACAUUUGAGAAGCUGAACUAUCUGACAUCCAAGGAAGAGAACUACACCCGCAUGAGAGAAUACAUCCGCUCCCUGAAGAUGGUGCCCUGUAUUCCUUACCUUGGGAUCUACCUGUUAGACAUGAUCUACAUCGACUCAGCCUAUCCUGCAUCAGACAGCAUCAUAGAGACGGAGCAGCGGACCAAUCAGAUGAACAACCUUCUGAGGGUCAUCUCCGACCUGCAGAUGUCAUGUAACUACGAUUACUUGGUGACCCUGCCACAUGUCCAGAAGUAUCUGUUGUCAGUUCGCUACAUAGAGGAACUUCAGAAGUUUGUAGAGGAUGACAACUUCAAGCUGUCUCUGAAGAUUGAACCUGGCAACAGUUCCCCUCGCAUCGCUUCUUCUAAGGAAGACCUGGCAGGUCUCUCUGAGGUAUCUGCCUCUCUGAGGUACAACCGAAGACCAACCUGCCCUGACGCCUCCGUGGGGGUUCAUAUUCCCACCCCCCCUCCGUCUCACCACAGGAAGAGCCAUAGUCUGGGAAACAAUAUGAUGUGUCAGUAUGGCAUGUCAGAGAGCAGGAGCGCCACGUUCCCCAUAGAGAAAGCACGACACCUGCUGGAUGACAGCUUCUUAGAGUCUCAGAGUCCAGUCAGAAAUGAUCCACACAGUACAUCUGUGUCCAAUGGCCUGUCAUUAGGCAGCAGUGAAAGUUCUUUUGGGGAGGAGCUGUCACCUGGAAUGGAGAGGGGCCGAAUGUACGCAACUCUGGGCCCCAACUGGAGGGUCCCACUUCGCAACUCCCCCCGGAGCCGCAGCUAUGUUUACAGCUCCUCUGCCGCCAACUCCUGCUAUGGAUGCAGUGAGGCCGGCAGUGUGACCAUAGAAGGACCCCUGCGAAGGAAAACACUACUGAAGGAGGGACGCAAGCCCAGGUUGUCAUCGUGGACCAGAUUUUGGAUCACUCUUUCGGGUUCAACAUUGACUUUCUAUGGGGCGAAGGCACUGAGGGCCUCUGAGAGGAAACAUUACAAGUCCAACCACUGUAAGAAGGUGUGUGUGACGGGAUGGAUGGUGGUGCUGCCGGAUGACCCAGCCAGACCCAACAUCUUCCAGCUCAAUGACCCAGACAAAGGCAAUGUUUACAAGUUCCAGACAGGAUCCAGGUUUUCAGCGAUCAUCUGGCACAAAAACCUGGAAGAGGCUUGCAGAAGCAGUAGACCUCAGAUACCAGCAAACCUCAUGUCAUUUGAAUGAGAGCAGACCUUACCCAGAGGGACAUUAUUGUGCCAAACCCAUUAGUUUGGGAAGUAUAGACUAAAUGAUGAACACAGUGGAAUUUGAUGGUAUCUACUGAAAUGGGAGAGUCAAGAAGCAUCUGACACUGACUGCAUAUGCCAACACACCUGCUGUCUUCUUCAUCAGGACUUAGUGUAAUGUAAACUCUGGAAAAAUCCAGCCAAUGGAAGACUUUGGUGAGGUUGUCCCUUGUUUCUUUCUCUCAGCUUCCUUGUUCACUGUCAUUCGUUACGCUGCUAAAAACAUGUGAGCAAGCACAUAGUUUUUUGGCCCAUGUUGGGUUUCUGCUUGGGUGAAAAGAUGCAUCAGUGCACAAAUGUGGACAACAGUGUUAGCGGACUGAUGCUGCUCUUCGGUCUGCAGACCAGUGUUAUACGGCCUUCAAAUGGAGCUCAGGUUUUAGACAUGGAUGGUUGAAAAAAACACCCCUGUUGUAAAAGUGUUUGAAUUUGUGAAACUGCUCAUGCAAUAUUCUUUCUACAUUUCAACAUCGCACAGAGGAGGAAGACACACAUCCAAACUCGUAAAUUUGGAUCCUUGGAAAAGUUCCGGAGUUGUGAGUGUGAAAAAGUGACCCCAUUUGAAGGCCUCACUAAUACGAUUAAAGAUCAGCACUGCAGCGAAAAGGACAAACGAUGAGACUUCAUCACCUUCAGCGCUGUGUUAUACAGCUGGACUGAAUUAGUUCCAAAAUAAGAGAAUUCGUAGUUGUACAAAAACCAUAAGGAAUCAUGAAGUUGGCUUUAAGAGCCUGUGUUCUAUUGUUGGUCAAAUGAAGAAGCAGCCCUGGAUCAGUUCACCCGUUCACCCCUCACUACCUCAGUUGGUAGUCCUCCUGUAAAAGGUGUUUGCUGAUGUACAUAACAAGGUUUACAAAUAGAAACAAUUAAUAUUUUGUACAGAACAAAUCUAAAUUUGGAAACAGUACCAAACAAGGUGAUAAUUACAAUCAAUAAGACAGUCAGCUGUUGUCUACACCAGUAUGCUGAGGCAGCUGGUGGAGUGAAUUUAAAGCAAUUUACAAUGAAGUACCAAGCUUUCAACAAUCGUGUGUGUGUGUGUGUGUAAAUACUGUAUUUAUUUGUAAAAGAGUUUAUUUUUUGACAGUUGGACAUCAAAGGGAAAUAGUAUGAUGGAUUGUCUUUGAUUCACCACCUGCUGCAGGAAGCUGCUCCUCAGAGGGACUCUUGGUGGGAAGCCAUCCUAAAACUUAGUCUGAUCUCCAACUAAAGGACAGUGGAAUAAGGGAACUCCAUCAGCACUGGUUCUGAAUAAUCAUGCUUUAAAAGCAAAAUGUUAUGUUGAAUCUAAAGGAUAAUUCUGCUUUAAUACAUCUUGGAUUGAACUUUAUUUUCAUAGCAUAGUAAAACUGUUCUCCAAAGUAAUAGUACUGGGAUCUUAAGGAAAUUAAGUUUAAAUAUCUAGGGCUCUUGUUUAUUAGUGAGUGUAGGAUGAAGCAUAAGAUUGGCAUAUAGAUUGGCCCCACAUCCACAGUAAUGUAGGUAUUACUGCAGUGGUGAGCCUGUAGACAAGGCUCUCCAUUUACUGUUCCAUCUAUAUUUCAGCCCUCACCUUUGGUCAUGAGCUUCGCAUUAGGGAAAAUAAAAGAAUAAGACUGCGGGUACAAGAAGCUGAAAUUAAUUUCUUAGACAAAGAAGGUGACAUUAGGUUGGGGUUACGCUGACAAAAAACAAGUUUGCCUGAUGUUGUUUAACCAUGUCUAAAGCUAAAAGUGUUCAGAGCUGUUCUGAACUCAAAGGCAGAAUGAAAAGCCAGCUGCCCAGAGAAAUUGGGAAAGGUGAUGUUUUUAUGGGGAUUACGGUGCACCCUUUAGUAUAGUCUGUCUUGGAAGACAUUCAUGGUUCAAGAGAAGAGAAGUUCAAACCCUGGCUCCUUUCUCACCUCCACACAGCAGGCCAAUCACUGUGUGAUGUAGGUGUGAAUGUCACUUUCAGAAAUUGUCAGACAGAGCCCCUUCCCAAAUUCCAACAUCACAGAGGUGUGGAGCCUUGACGUUUCCAAAGCUGCUGGGAAAAGGGAUGGGAAAUCCAGAACCAGUCCCAAAUUGUCCAAUCCAUCGCAAUUGUAUGCCUCUGAGCUUAGCAAUACCUUUGGUCAAUGCCAGCAUGUUUUUCUGACAGUUGCGCAUUGCAACAACAUCAAACUUGUGUCUACAGUGCUGGAAACAAUGAGUCGGGGCGGAAAAAAAAGAAACAUUCCAAAGCGUGGCUUCAUUUCACUAAGAAACUCAAACUACUUUAACUCCACUCUUUUUCUACACUGUGUUCAGAAUCAGAGAUUAUAGAACUACUCAUGGAAUUGGUAAAUUAUAUAAAUUCCCGACAUGCAGUUCUGCUGACAGAUACUGGCACCUUUAUGCUUCAGUGGAAGUGCUUCUCGGAUGGUUGAACAGUUUGACACCCAUUCUCCCCACACAUCGCUGUGUGACGCUGAAAUUGUGCGUCCAUCAAUUUUUUUAGCUUUCUGAAACACAAAAUCCAACAAUCUCACCCACUUAAAUCAGUGAUUAGCUAGCUGUGUGGAGGUGUCAAAGUAGACAGCUCUUUUAUUCUUCUACUUCAGUUACUUUUUGCAAGUACAAUUGAAUGCAGCUUCCCCCCCCCAUCCUCCGAGGGUGCCUGCUCAGAACACCUAUAAACCUUCAGACGUGGUUGGGUGACGCUUCUUAAAUUUGUUUCAAGCAUAUCCAGGCCUUAAAAGGUCAGACAUCCGGUAGGAGGUCAGAGUAGAACUCCUGCUCCUUAACAUUGAAAAAAAUGAGGUGGCUCUGUCAUGUGAUUACCAUGAUGAUUUAACAAGGACAAUGCCUGAGGCAGACCCAGAACAUCCUAGAGGGGAUUAUCCUAGCUUUGUGAGGCAGCUGCACCCGCAAGAUCACACAAGAAUCCGUCUUGCAAGGUUUCAAGCAUUGGGCUUGUGUCCAACCACAGUGGCAUGCUAAGGCAUGAGCUAUGGGCGUGGUUUAAUGUGUGUGGGAGAAGACAACAAUGGUGGCUGCUCAAGAGGUUAGCAUAGAUUGUGCUAGCAUCAGUUAUAUUAAAACUGGAGACUAUUUCUUAAUUGAAAGAAGAGCAAAAAACUUCUCCAUGGAAAAGAUAUUGCUCUUGACUGACUUCAGUAAGAGUUUGACUAUGUUAGGUUUUUUUGAUCUGAUUUGUUGAAGUUUGCUUGGGAUAGAUGGUUCAUCCAAUCAUCAAGGUAUUUUUUAAAUGGCCAGUUCCAUCUGGUGCAGCCAGGUUAGGGUUAUCUCAUCUGGCCUGGGAAUGCCCUGGGUUUUUCCAUGAGGAGCUGGAGGACAUGGCUAGGACAAUAGCCUAGAUAAGUCAGGAUAAAUGGCGUAAGAUGGAUCGAUGGAUGGUUAGGCACACAGCAGCAUCACUAAAAAUAAUUCUGAAGGGUCAAGAAACAAUCAGACAGUUUGGAAACCUUCAGUUUAAACAAACUUAUUCAGAAGAGAAAAUGAAGGUGAAUGUUAAAAUUAUUACCCAAACUGUUAUAAACAUUCAACACAGUUUGCAGACCCUCUUCCUGCUUCAGCUUUUACCUGUCCUACUCUCAUAUUGUCUAGUUGUGUGCAGAUGAGGGGGUAUUAACAACAUCUUAGGUGCACCCACUUUCAGUCUAAUCAUCAAAUAAAAUGGUUAGAAUAAAAUGCAUAAACUGUGUAAAGUUUGUUACAUGAUUUUCCCAGAUCUAUAUUACUUUAGCUACAGUGUUAUCAUAACUGAUGGAAACAAAGACCAAAGCUAUGAAAAUAGCAUCCAAGUUGUAUUAAACUGGAAUCAUCCUUCAAUUUCUUUGAGUUUUACUCUUAAAUGAAGUUAAACAUUUACUAAUAGAUGUCAUAUUUCUAAUGUUCCCUGUUGUAAAUCAUGGUAACUGUUAGUCAUUUAUGAUAUCAGUUUUAAACAGUGGCAAAAAAUAUAGAAAAACAGGAAUGAAAUCUUCACUUGUCAUUCAAGCGUAAUCACGUUGUUGAGAAUUUUAUUAGUGUUCUUUGUUAUGUUUUUCAUUCAUGUCCUUACCCUAAAAUUCCUGGUGGACUAAUUGUCCACUUUCUUCGGCUAGUCCAAUUUUUUUUCGUCUUUAGAUUAAUGCAGUCAUGAAGGCUCUCUUCAAUUCUAGAGAACCAUAGUGGUGAUAACACCUGAUUAAUUUACUACAAAUAAUGCAGCUAAUCACUUUGCAAACCACGCUGCUGCUUUUACUGUUUCAGGAAUUCAGUGGAUUCAGUGGAUUCAUGUAUGUAGAGUAGGAAAGUCAUUUAGCAAACUCUAAUCCAUCACACUGAAAAUUAGAGCAUGCCAGACUGAUAUAUAUGGGCCAAUUCAUAGUUUUCAGUCACGUGACUAGCACGAAUCCCCUGGAGGGCAAAACAAUGCUCCAAUAUGGCGACUUACUCUGGAAACUCUGUAGAACCGCAAAAGAGGCAUUUGAAUUAUCUAUUUAUUUCAAGAAAUAAACUCUCAGCAGAAUACAGACAGUUCAGGUAAUUCAGGUGCUUCAGUGCAGCCAAACACUGGUGAGAGAAACUCCCUCCAAACAGCGACAUGGCAGAGAGAUUACAGAGCUUUUAUUGUGUAGAAGCUUAACCCAGUCGGACAUUUACAAACUUGGUCUGUGUCAACAAUCACUACCAUUAAGUUAGCUGGUGGGCAGCACAAGAAAGUCUUGUUUUGCCCUCCAAAUAUUAGCCUAUUGCAGAUACAUGGAGUAUUCAGAGUAUUCAUGUGGCUGUAGACUCUUAAACUGGAGAUAUACUAUAAGCCACACAUACGCGUCACGUUUCCUGUGGAACGACCCUUCGUCCGUUUGAACCGUUGGAUGAGCACGAGCCAUAGUUAAAAGUUAUUAUAUCUACACACCUAGUACACUGUAAAAUGUCCCCCUUACUACAUAUCUCCUUUUUCUAAUUUACUAUCAAUAUUGGUCUUGUCAAGUAAAUUUUUAAAGAGCAUAUUCAAAAACUUAAAAAAAAAAAAAUUACAAUGAAAGAUGUAAAGCUUUUAAGUAAAUUAUUAUUGAAUAAAUUGAAUUGAAUAAAUAAUAUAAAAUAGUUUUCAUGAUGACUAUCCUAACAAUAAGAAAAGGUUAGCAAACGGCUAAAGAACUUAGCCUUUUCUUUAAUAUUGGCCUGAAAAUUCAGUCAGGCUCUACACUAAAACCACAUUUAUUUUUGUCAAUGUUCCCAUAUUGUCAUCAGCUAAUGUAGUGUAGACCUUGUAGUAGUGUCGAUUUCCUGUAAUGGAUUACACACCACCACACGCAAGUUUUCAAGGGUCUGCUAGUUGACUGAUUGUCUUUGAUGAUACCUUAUGCUUGUAACUUUCCAACAGGGAAUAUGAGACAUUCCUCGUUAAUAGACAUACAAUGUCCACUCUUACCACUCAUCACCUGUGAAUGACUGAGCCUGUUUUUGUUGAGUAUUGCAGUAUUGCUGUUUUAUCACUGCAGUUCAGCUGAACAUGGUGUUCUGCAUUGAUUGACCUUCCACACAUUUUAAUUCUGUGUGGACACAAACAUUUUGCUUGUAUGUCACUCUGCUGUUGCUGUGCUAUAUUCAACUUUGGUAUUUAUUUCACAUGCUGUAAAACGUCCUUAAAUAAGUCAAAUGAGAGAAGCAGCUGAACAGGCAAUAUGAUGUCGGUGUUUAAUAUCAAGAGUCAGAUGUGAAGUUCAGUAUUAAUAUCAUAUGUACGUGUCUUUUAACACAGUGGUAUAUGUGUUGUUGUACUGGCUUGUAUUCCAACACAACAAUUUAAGACCAUCACAAAAAGGGUUUUGAAAAGUCAGUGGGACAUGCUGUGUCCAUUCUCAGUAGAAAUGAUCCCUCCUUCUACCCCUUGUCUUCAGCAAGUGAUCAGUUGGAUUGAGGUCAGGUAAAAAAUGAGUGGGUGACUCAGUGUGUAUGUCUCUGUAUGAUAAUUGGAUUGCAGAAAUAAAAAUUGGGGUAAAGUGUCCACCCAGUCUGGACAUGGCAUACACCCUCACACACUGGAAAAGUUAAUAAUUAGCACUUUAACCAACUUGAACCAAAACAAUAAAAAGCACUGUCACUGUCCAGAAUCCUUUCUGACUGCGUUGUAGGUCAGGAUGUGUUAGCAGGGGGAACCACUAGCCUAGCUUUACUAGCAGAUCCUUCCAGUUGUCCACCCUGUGUAACCAGCAGUCAAACCUGGCAACCCCAAAGACAGGACUUGUAGAUGCUGUGUAGACAGUUGGGUAUCGAACCUCAGUACUCUUAGUGUGGACCAAAGGAUGUUGUUAUAAAAACAUAUUCUAUUUUGUUUGCUUGUUCUCUGAUCAGAAAUCUUCUGGUUUAAAUCUUUAUUCAGGCAAAAUGCUUGUGCAGCUGCUUAUGCUUCGCUAACAUGCAAGUUUAAAAUGAAGAUUACAUUUCUUAAACUAAGCUAUUUGAAAAAGCAUUGUGUUGGUAUGGGCACUGAAACUAGCGUAGUGGUACGAGUCCAGCUCUUGAACCACAAUGUCUAUUCCUACACCACAAUAUGACGAUAUGACGGGGAUGUGGUUUUAUUCACUUUUGAUGAAGCUAGGCUGCCCCCCCCCCUUCCAAUCUUUGCACUCCAGCUGGCUAAACAUUCACCCCAGGUGAUUUGAUCUUAAUUUACAGGAAAAUUGAGCUUCUCAUCUGACUGUGUGGAAGACGUUUGUGAGGUAUUUGCUUUUACCAAGGUUUACUGUACAUUUACCAGGAGUAGGGGUGGACAAUAGGGAUAAUAUCUAGAAAAUCGAAUCGUAUCAUGAUACAUGGUACAUUUUCUCUCAAAUGAAUUGUUUAUGGAUCAAAUAACCACACAGGAAUGCAUGUUUUGAUGUAGCAAAGGUAAUAUCUGACAAAUCAAAAAUUCAUUUAAAAAUACUUAAAAUCCAAUAUUGUCAUAAAGCAGUCCUGCUCAGUGAUGUGCAACAUUUGUACCACUGUGCUAACCUACAUAUGGAAGGGAUGGCAAAAUCUCAACAAAUUCUAUCAUCUAAUUUAUUUAUUAUUUAUUAUUGUCAUAUCACCCAACCCUAACCGUAUUAAAGUGUAUCCACUAGGGGGCAGACCAGAGCCUGUAUAUUGAUGCCAGAAAUAUCCUCUGGAACAAACAUUAAAAUAAAGCACUGAGGCGCCCUGGUAGCUCACCCUGCAGAGCUGGCACCCCAUGUACCAAGGCUGAGGCCCUGCUGUGGGUUCAAAUCCAACAUGUGGUCCUUUGUUGCGUGUCGUCUCCCUUUCCUGUCCAUCUCUCAAGCUCUCCUGUCAAAAAAAGGGAAAAAUACCAAAAAUAUCUGAAAUAAACAAAUAAAAUAAAGCUCUAAUGGGCAUGGUCAGCUGAAAAAAACUGUCCAAAUGUGUUCAACAACGACAAGUAAUAAACUGUAACAAACCUCCAUGUUUUAAGUGUUUCAAGGCAAAAUUAAGAUGGUGACACUCAGUUUAAAUACUACUGUGUAUUAAUGCUAAGAUCAUGGCAGAAAAAGGCUGUUGAUUUCUCUUCAGAGCUGUCUGUCAUUGCUGGGGUUUGUUCAGUCUGCUGCUGUCUGUACUUCAUAUUGUAUCUGACACACUGUUCAAUGGCAGUUUGCUUUUUAACGUGUGUUACACCAGUGAUUCCCAACCAGGGGUUUUUGUACCCCAGAGGGCAACUCUGCAGUUGCCAGGAGUUAUGUGAAACAACACAUAUAUGUGAACAACAGAAAUUGCAGUUUAAUUUAAAACAUAUAUUACUAUAUUGAGUCAGCUGUACUGCCUGAACAGCAGAUGUUGAGUUUGUGAUAACUAGUUAGUUGGUAAGUGAGCAGAGAAGUCUAAAUAGUUAACUAAAAGUGAUAAAUGGUGGAAAUAGCUAAAAGUAUCAAUUGUCAAAAAAGGUAUAUAAAAAUGUGACAAUUGUACAAAAUCUUAUAAAAAUGAAAAAAAAAAUGUUGAAACAGCAAAAAAUCUCAGUCGGUAGAGCUGGCGACCCAUAUACGGAGUUGCUGCAGCGGCCCGGGUUUGAAUCCGACCUGCGGCCCUUUGCUGCGUGUCAUCCCCUCUCUCUCUCUACUUACCUUGCCUGUCGAUCUUCAGCUGUCUGUAUCCAAUAAAGGCAUGAAAAGGCCAAAAAAAAUUACUUAAAAAAAAAAAAAGAAAUAGCAAAAAAUAAUUGAAAUUGUCGAAACAGUUAAGAAAACUGUAUAAAGAUAGAAAAAUUAAUAAAUGGUUAAAAUACCUGAGUAAUGAAAGUAAUUGAAAAAGUUAGCUGAAAAAAGAUAUAUGGUUGAAACAUCAGCUUGUAGUCAAAGGCAAACUUAAACUAACCAAAACACUGACAGUUCAACUGUAUGAAAAAUAUUUGAAUAUUUAUUUGUAUGAAGUCAAUAAUGUUAAAUAACAUUCAGUUUAUAAACAGUGAACACAUCUGGAACAGUAUCGGUGGUGAGGAAAGAGUACCGUAAUGCGAUAUCUGAAACAGGUUGGGAACCACUGAGGAAAUGCAGCGUAUACUGCAGAUGGUAACUGUCAUUCACACACUAACAGUUCAUUCAUGGAAAGAAAAUCACGGGCCAAAGGAGCACAGAAUCCCAAAUAUUUCAUUGUGUUUCACUGAAGAACUUUGCCAUGAUUUAGCUUGAAUAGUCAUACACUGGACUAUAGUGCCAAGUAUGUGCCACCACAGUUUCCAUCAACUUAUCUAUACAGUACGUUGUUCUGGUAAAUGUGAUAUUUUUUAAAGCCAGUUUCGAUCAGUCUUUGAAUCACUGAUCACAGCAGCAGCACUAAAGUUUAGUCUGCCUUCUGAGUGAACUGUACCCAAUGUCAGUGAGUAUAAAACCCACCCUUGACCCAACAUUUCUCACUAAUGAAGACUCGAAAGUGUUUUUCUUUUUCUAUAACUGACACAAAUAGUGUAUGUUAGCAUCAUUGUGUACAUUAUUACAUCAUAUCAGUACUCAGUUUCAACAAGUAUUGCUUCACUUUCUUUCACUGUUUUGAUACUUGUAUGUGUCAGAUCUCUACAUGUUUCUGUUUUUCUCCAAUCCUCUGAGCGAAACCCGGAUUGUGUUCCGUGGGACAUUGCAUGUAUUUUUGUGUACAAAAUUUCUAGUGUUGUAACUGUGAAAAAGAUAACCACUGGGUCGUGAUUAUCAGUCUGUAAUUAUUUUGCUAAGUUAUUUUUUACCAUGGCAUUGCUCUAUGUUGCUGUAUUUUUCAGCUUCAGACACUGAAUUGGGAAUAAAAUUUAUGUACAGAAAUGUGUUGACUUUAA